ACUGUGGCUCCAGUCAACACGGGAUGGACCUCGCCGCUCGGGAAGCUGGGGACGGCUGAGUGUUGGAGCGCCGUGUGCGGGACGUACCUGUAAAAUACGUGUCGUUUGCAACACCUGGAUUAAAUUUGGAGGCGCGCGAGCUCCGCCGGGUUCCCGCUGCUGGCGUUUAAAUUUGGACUGAGUGCGUUAAUUUGCGCAGCUGGUCCCGGAGAGGAGACAAAACAACGGACGGACGGGAACUGGCAUCCUAACUACCCCACCACGACCCACUAACAGUUUAUCAGGCUGCCACACUGCUGCCAGUUGCUCUUUUACUUUAUAUUUAGAAAAAAACCUGCCGGUUCGGUCUCCUCCUCGGGGCUUUGACUUCCCACCAGGUCGUUAUGUAAAGCGGACUUUAACGGCGGAAAAACGGUGAGUUUUCCCUCUUCCCUCCCGGCUUGGAAGCUACAGCUAGUUAGCUUUAGCCGGCUAGCCCUAGCCACCUAGCAACAAGGCCGUUGUUUAUCCUCCUCUCUGCUCAGUUAUGACUGUAAAUGACUAUAAAAGCUGUUUUAAAUCCAGCUAAACCCGAGCGAGUGUCAUUAUAAUCUCACACGGACCGUGAGGAUAUGGGGAGGCGGUGCUCAGACUGCCGCACAUCUGUCGCCGCGCCGGAAUUGGGAGCCGGGACACCCCGGGGAACAGCUGCCUUCACCGGCCAGGGGCAGUAGUCCGGCCGCCUCUGCCAAAACUGACCCAGGAGAUAUCACGUACAUUCAAAUUUCCAGGGAUGUAGAGGAGGAUAACGUGUUAUUUAUCCCUGAAGACUACCCACCGAGCUAUCUAAAUGAACAGAAAACCUGGUGGUAAAUAGUGUGUCCAAUUCAUGAGGGAAAAAGCAUGAAUUAAGGUUUUUCUGAGGUUGUUUCACCUCCUGGAGGUCACAGCUUUCACCCUCCUAUUUACCAGCCUCAGCCCUCCUAAAAACGGCCCUGCGAUCACCUGAAAAGUCCAGCCAGUGUCUUCUGUUUUUGUUUUUUUUGUUUGUUUGUUUUUCCCCGUGGGAAAUUUUGGGAUCCAGGAAGGAGCUGCAGCGAUGAACUACCAACAGCAUCUCGCCAACUCGGCCGCCAUCCGAGCCGAGAUCCAGAGGUUCGAGUCCGUCCACCCCAACAUCUACUCCAUCUACGAGCUGCUGGAGCGGGUGGAGGAGCCGCUGCUGCAGAACCAGAUCCGGGAGCAUGUCAUCGCGAUUGAAGAUGCAUUUGUGAACAGUCAGGAGUGGACGCUGAGUCGAACGGUACCAGAACUGAAAGUGGGCAUUGUGGGUAACCUGGCCAGUGGUAAAUCGGCACUGGUCCACAGGUACCUGACAGGAACGUACGUCCAGGAAGAGUCACCUGAGGCUGACGUGGACGCAGGCGGUCGCUUUAAGAAGGAGAUCGUGGUCGACGGUCAGAGUCACCUGCUGCUCAUCAGAGAUGAAGGGGGCCCCCCAGAGGCUCAGUUUGCGUUGUGGGUCGACGCUGUGAUCUUCGUCUUCAGUCUGGAGGAUGAGAUCAGCUUCCAGACGGUCUACCACUACUUCAGCCGCCUCGCCAACUACAGGAACACCGCCGACCUGCCGCUGGUGCUGGUCGGCACGCAAGAUGCCAUCAGCUCAGCCAACCCCAGGGUGAUCGACGACAGCCGGGCCCGAAAGCUCUCCAACGACCUCAAACGCUGCACCUACUACGAAACCUGCGCCACCUACGGCCUCAACGUGGAACGAGUUUUCCAGGACGUUGCCCAGAAGAUCGUGGCCACCAGGAAGAAGCAGCAGUUGUCCAUCGGGCCGUGCAAGUCGCUCCCCAACUCGCCGAGUCACUCGUCCGUCUGCUCCACACAAGUGUCGGCCGUCCACAUCAGCCAGACGAGUAACGGCGGCGGCAGUUUGAGCGACUAUUCGUCGUCGGUGCCGUCCACGCCCAGCACCAGCCAGAAGGAGCUCCGCAUCGACGUACCGCAGACCACCAACACGCCAACGCCCGUCCGAAAGCAGUCCAAACGCCGCUCCAACCUCUUCACUUCGAGGAAGGCGAGCGAGACGGACAAGGACAAGAAAGGCCUGGAGGCUCGAGCCGACAGCAUCGGCAGCGGGCGAGCCAUCCCCAUCAAACAGGGCAUGCUGCUGAAGAGAAGCGGUAAGUCCCUCAACAAGGAGUGGAAGAAGAAGUACGUGACGCUGUGUGACAACGGGCUGCUCACCUACCACCCCAGCCUGCAUGACUACAUGCAGAACGUGCACGGUAAGGAGAUCGACCUGCUGAGGACCACGGUGAAGGUGCCGGGGAAGAGGCCGCCUCGCGCCGUGUCCACCUGCGCCGCCGUGCCGAGUCCCAAAACCAACGGCCUUACGAAGGACAUGAGCAGCCUGCAGCUCGGACAGACUUCAGGCUCGGUGACCAGCAGCUCCUCCGUGUCUCAGAUGGCGAGCGGCGUCAGCCUGGUGUCCUUCAACAGCCGCGGCAUGGAGGGGAUGCACCAGCGCUCGUACUCUGUCUCCAGCGCCGACCAGUGGACAGACGCCACGGUCAUCGCCAACUCUGGAGUCAGCACAGACACGGGCCUUGGCGACUCGGUCUGCUCCAGUCCCAGUAUCUCCAGCACCACCAGUCCCAAGAUGGAGCCGCCGCCAUCGCCGCACGCCAACCGCAAGAAGCAUCGGCGGAAGAAGAGCACCAGCAACUUCAAAGCCGACGGCCUCUCUGGUACUGCGGAAGAACAAGAGGAGAACUUUGAGUUCACCAUCGUGUCGCUGACGGGGCAGACGUGGCAUUUUGAAGCCACUUCAUACGAGGAACGAGACGCCUGGGUUCAGGUCAUCGAGAGCCAGAUCCUGGCCAGCCUGCAGUCCUGUGAGAGCAGCAAGAACAAGUCUCGUCUGACCAGCCAGACGGAGGCGAUGGCUCUGCAGUCCAUCAGAAGUAUUCGAGGAAAUGGCCACUGUGCCGACUGUGAAGCUCAGAAUCCGGACUGGGCGAGUCUGAACCUCGGGGCCCUGAUCUGCAUCGAGUGCUCGGGCAUUCACAGGAACCUGGGCACCCACCUGUCCAGGGUUCGCUCUCUGGACCUGGACGAGUGGCCGCUGGAGCUCAUCAAGGUCAUGUCGGCCAUCGGCAACGAGCUCGCCAACAGCGUGUGGGAGGCCAACGCUCAGGGACGCCUCAAACCCGGACCAGAUGCCAGCAGGGAGGAGAGGGAGCGCUGGAUCCGGGCGAAGUACGAGCAGCGUCUGUUUCUGGCGUCGCUGCCCUGCACCGACCUCUCUCUGGGCCAGCAGCUGCUGAGGGCGACGGCCGAGGAGGACCUGCGCUCUGUCGUCCUGCUGCUCGCCCACGGAUCCCGGCAGCAGGUCAACGAGACCUGCGGAGAAGGAGACGGACGCAACGCGCUGCACCUGGCCAGCCGCAAGGGCAACGUGGUCAUCACGCAGCUCCUCAUCUGGUACGGCGUGGAUCUGAUGGCGAGGGACGCCCACGGUAACAGCGCGAUGGCGUACGCUCGGCAGGCCAACAGCCAGGAGUGUGUGGACACGCUGGCUCAGUACGGCUGCCCCGACGAGCGCUUCCCGCUCAUGGCCACGCCCAACCUGUCGCGCCGCAACACCAACCGCAACAACAGCUGCAGCAGCACCGGGAGCACCGCGCUCAUUUGACCAGCGUUUAACCACAGGACUCUUUAUGGCAAACGAACCACACAAACCCCGAUUUGGGAGAAUCCUGACCGUUUAUUUUGGGAACCACUAGCUGUUGUGACCCUUAAGCCCCGCCCACUUCACCCGACAACCACCACUGCCGCCGACGGCUCGUUAAGACUGAUUCAAACUGAUCGUAGGUCAGUGGCGGCGUCCACGUGUCCGUUUGGGAGUGCCCUCGACGGGGAGGGGAGGGGGGGGCCCAAAGC